AUGCGUGUCCCGGCAUCUGGCUACAAUGCCACACUGGUCGAUGCAGGGCCGUAUACUGGCAUGAAUGCCAACGAGUGGGCUGCGGAUGUCUUCGUACCGGAUGCCAUGCCGCAAAUGGUGGCCAAUGCUGUCGCCGUGAUUGUUGGGCUGUGGGAAUUCAUCGUGGGCGUGCCGGGAGAGUAUGUCAUGUGAGUCGCAGCUAGCCGCUUCAUAGGGGAUGCUCGUGCUCAGUAGGCGCGCGGGAAGAGCUGCCUUGCUGACUAUUCUCCCACGAUUCUCUGACAUGACUACCCUCUUCGGCGGCGCUUUCGAGUAGCUGGCGAAGAAUAUUCCAAGGACCGUCUGGUCGGAGCAGUUUUGCGCCAUGGACAACGCUGGCGCUCAGGUAUUUGAUGCUGACCCUAUCAGUCUCGCAAGCAUUCGGCACCUGGUCGACCACGAUGAAGACGGUCGCCGCUUGCAAAGUAGCCAGUGGAACGCUAGGUGCUGCUGGUCUUUUGCUGAAUUCGGGGACCAGCUUUGCCGUCGCUUGGAGAGCACAGGCUGUAGCCCGUGGGGUCAUACAAACCGCGGCAGGAUUGGUGCUUGUUCGCCUCACCAUUGCAGGCCUCCUGGUGAGUGUCAGAGCCACAGCUGCGUUUGCCUCGACAAUCGUCCGUUUGCUGAGACUCGCCAACGUAUUGCUCAAGGUCGUCGAGCUGUUCCUAGUCUGGUUCACUGUGCUUUUCCCCAGCACUCGUAACGCCAUCCAGACGGACCGCCUGCGGGCAGGUCGCUGCGUCUCGCGCACCGCGGCAAGCGGGACAGACCAGAUCGUUGGAAGGCCUCCCGAAUAUCGCAUUCUAUUGAUCUGCUACUAUGGUACGUGUUGAUGAUUCCUUGAUGACCCUUUCGACACGACUGACGGAGGCCCAUGGUGCCCGCUGCAUUUCCCCAAGGUGUGACAAUUCUCUUCAAUUUUGCCUGCUUGAUCAUCGUGUGUGUCGCGCUCAGAAGGCUUGCACGGCGAUCACACGGGUUCGCAAGAUUCAUUUCAGAGUGAGUCUGAAGGGCAGUUGUAAGAUCGGCCACGCAAGUGUCCAGCCCUAGCUGACGUUCGUCUGCCCUAUUCAGAAUGGUCCUGCACUCUGUCUUCUUCUUCCUGGUCUCCGUUCUGUUGCUCACACUAGGCUUGAUUUGGAUCGCCAUCGACGAGUACGCUGGCUGGAUCUUUUGGCCAGCCUCUGUAAUUCAAGCAGCAACGAUGGUGCGCAUCCUCAUCUCAGAGCAGAAUGCUGCGCGACGACCACUCGACACUACGUUCAUGGAGCAGAGCGCUUAUCCAAACACUGGCGGUACGACAGGCCGUGGGCCUACGUAUGGAGCUUAUUUCUCCAGGGGCGCGCCAGUAGCUGACCACAUGCGCGGACCCGAAGCGCCCGUGGAAUAUGCUACAGGAGAUCACGCUCAGAGAGGGGAGACUACGGUGCAGUUUGCGGACAGGUAUGGUGGGCCGCUUUCCGCCACAGGGAUGCUGUCACGCAGAGGCGGUGGACGGGCACCUCCUAUCCUCAAUCCGCUGGAUAAUCUUGGUCAAGCAUUCUCUCAAAUAGAUUCGCGCAUGGACAUCGAUGAGCAAAGCUUCGAUGAUGGAAGGUCUUCGCUGCGUCACUCUGAGGGUGCCCGAGCGGACGGAACGAGCGGGUCUCGGCGGACCGACAGCAUUGCGCUUUCCAGACUCGAUGCUGGCUCGUCGGCACCCAAGCUUGGCAGUGGAGGGUCAACGGCGCCAUCACCAAUCUCAGCUGGCGCGUACCCGUACCCGCGGCCAUGGGUACCGCCCUCUGAUGACCACCUGAAUAUGGAUGCCGAACCCAAAGUGGCGAACGCAAUCCCUGCGCCUCCCCCAGAGCCUCGGUCCCAGCCUCAAGUUCGACGCUCGAGCUCGUUCUCGGUGAGGAGCUCCGACGAAUCUUACGAUAGACCACAAAUCCAAACAUACCCAGGCUAG